AUGCUCCCUUGGGAAGUCGGAUGGACGCACGCUCAAAGAAGGAAAACUCCGGCGAACAACAAUGUAAUAAACUUCUACGUCACAAAUAUUCCCACAGGUGUAACGAAGGCUGAGUUUAAGGAAAUAUUCUCACCAUUCGGGAAGUUGAUUGACAUUUACUUUGGCGAGAAGAAGGGAAAGAAAGGGAAAAACUUUGGAUUCAUAAAAUUUGUUGAUGUGCCAAACGUGAGGGGAUUGGAACAACAAUUAAAUGGAACCAGGUGCAGGAACAACAUGUUGGAGAUUAAUGUAGAGAAGCACAAAAUAAAGGUGGCUCAACCCAAUCCAAUUCCCGUAAGAAAACCACUCCCAACCUUCUAUAAUAACGCUUCAUACCCCGCCAGAAAUACUAGAGACGAAAGAUCUUUUGACGAGGUUGUGAAACACAAAGCAGGACCAAUAACCCCCUUGCAAGCGCCGACACCUCCGAUUCAAUUGAUAGAAGAGGAAUCUAGGAAACGUUGGAUGGGAAAGAAAGUGUUGACAGGGGAAACCAAGUCAUUACUACACCUAUGUCACAUGUUGGCACUUCUGUCGAACCACUAUGAUAAGUGGGUAGAGGUGAAAUACACAGGAGGCUUAGGAAUCCUCCUGAGAUUCGAUGGACCGGAAUCUGUUUGUGAAUUUCUGAUGAAUGAAGCGGUAUGGAAAGAGAUGUUCAGGUGUCGCUCGAUUGGGGAACCAACAAACACAAGAUUUGAAAGAAUAGCAUGGAUAAAGAUUGCUGGUCUGCCAAUUAGAAACUGGAGUGAACCAAAUUUGGAGAAGAUCACUGCUAAAUAUGGAAAAAAAUAUUGCCCAAUUUGA